UCGCCGUGCACGCACGUAGCCUCUCGCUCUGUAUUAUUGCUCUCAAACUAACCACCAUGGGGAGUUGAGGGCAAGGCGACGGGGCUAUUUUUCAUGACCGUUUAGUGACUCCUCGCCAUCCCUAUGCCGCGUUCGGGAGCACGUUGUUCGCGCCAGCAUCCCCAAUGCAGCGGAAUACGGGGGACGGGCUUUCAGAGACGGGGGAAUUGUUCGCCAGCAAAAUCAUCGCCAGAGGGGAACGUCUGACCUCUGCCUUGUGCAAUCAGAGACAUGAGUGUUGUCAGAGAAUUACUUGGGAUUGGAUACAGGGGCGGUGGAGGGGUUGUGGCCUCUAUGAGCGGCCCUACCCACUUUACCGAAGAUGCCCCGCGACCUCCGGUCCCCGGUGAGGAGGGAACUGAUCUGGAUCCCCCAGUCCAGUCAGUCAACGCCCGUCCAAACACCCUUUCGCAAAGCCUAGGCUAUCCUCCAUCUUCUAAAAUGGGGGAUUUAUCAAGUUACACGCCGUCGUCGUCGUCUGCGACCCCGCGUCGCCCCGAUCUGGACUUGGGAUAUGAACCUGAGGGCUCGGCGUCGCCAACUCCACCGUAUCUGAAGUGGGCCGAGUCCCUGCACUCUCUCCUAGAUGACCAGGAAGGCAUCCAGCUGUUCCGAAACUUCCUGAGGCAGGAAGGGUGUGCGGACCUUCUAGACUUUUGGUUCGCCUGCUCGGGGUUCAGGAAGACGAGCCAGGAGAAGAGAGCCAAGCUGGCCAAGGCCAUCUACAGGAAGUACAUAGUGGAUGGGAGCGGGAUUGUCUCCAGGCAGAUCAAAGCAGCCACCAAGAGCUUCAUCCGAGACUGCGUGGGAAAGCCUCAUACAGACCCCGCCAUGUUCGAACAGGCUCAGACAGAGAUCCAGUCCAUGAUGGAGGAGAACACCUACCCUUUGUUCCUCAAGUCGGAUCUGUAUUUGGAGUACACGCGGACAGGAGGAGAGAGCCCCAAGCCUAAUCCCAGUGAUCUGAGCCCUUCAUCAGGGCCAGCCAAACCUGUGCCGGGGUACUUGCCUACACUUGCUGAGGAUGAGGAGUGGAGGUGUGGAGGGGGAGGAGGGGUGAGGGAGACGGAGGACGAGAAAGACGAGGAGUGCGGAGACACACCAGCUGGGCGGCUGACUCACAGCCUGCUGAUGCAGACGGCGCCCCAGAGGGCCACCACCAACAGGAGGAGGCCGGACAGCAGGGAGUACAGGCCGUGGAGGGAGCCGGUAAACCCAUACUACGCAAACAUGGGCUACGCUCGUGCCCCGGCAACCAGUGCCAAUGACAGCGAGCAGCAGAGCAUGUCGAGUGACGCAGACACACUGUCACUGACCGACAGCAGCGUAGAUGGUAUUCCUCCAUACAAAUAUCGGAACCGGCAUCGCAAAGAGAUGCAUGAAAGUGCCAAAGCCAACGGCCGUGUGCCCCUACCUCAUAUACCUCGCACACAUCGAAUGCCAAAGGACAUCCACGUAGAGCCGGAGAGGUUCGCAGCGGAGCUCAUCAGCAGGCUGGAGACCGUGCUCAGAGAGAGAGAGGCUGAGGAACGGCUGGAGGAGAGGUUGAAGAGGGUGCGACUGGAAGAAGAAGGGGAAGAUGCUGACAUCUCCAUGACAACCUCCCUCUCCUCUCACACCAUACCACUCCCCCUCCCCACGUCAUUUCCACCUCUAUACGGCGCCCGUUAUUCAGAGACCACUGCUAGCACAGGGGCAGCUGUGACCUACGGCGGCCUGGUUGCCAUGGAGGACUCCCACGACGACGACCCCGAAUCCAUUUUGGACGAGCACGUACAGCGGGUGAUGAAGACGCCGGGCUGCCAGUCGCCGGGAGCAGCCAACAGCACCUUAGGAGGAGCGGGCCGGCACACUCCUCCCAAGUCAUCCCGCUCACCCGAUGGAGGAAUUGGACCACCUCACUACCCCCCACACAGAGGGGGAGGCCACAGCCUGCCCGCAGCGGGGGUCAAAGGUAUACAUCACCAUAAGCAGUUGUACCACCACCGAGGAAGAGAAGGGCCGGAGGAGACGGGCUCUCGGUCCCAGGCCAACUUCCUGUGGAACGGAGACCCAGCCAAUCAGUACACAGGCAGAAGAAACUACGCUGAUGGAGCCGGAGCCAGCACACUUGAGGGGAUGGGUUACAGUAGUAAAGGCAGCACACUAUCACGGAGAGGUUGCAAAAAGACGUCGGAGACUUCAGGAAAAGGUGACGAAAGCGGGCGCGGCGUGGAAACACAAGUACCAAUGGAGGAUUUGGAGAGGAACCAGAAGAUUCUUCAGUGGAUGAUGGAGGGAGAUCGACAGAGGAAGAGCUCUCACGGUGGCAGCACCAGCAGCUCCAGGAGGACGGGGGCCAGCAGCGAGUCCCCGCGUCCCACCUCGGUGGAGCGGCCGGGGGCGGUGCACCCGUGGGUCUCGGCCCAGCUGCGGAACAACCCCUCCACGGUCCCCUCCGCUCUCCCCGGCUCCUCGUCCACCCAGGUCCAGCCCUCGCACCCUUUCAUCCAGGACCCAGCUAUGCCUCCCAACCCAGCCCCCAACCCCCUCACCCAGCUGGAGGAGGCUAGAAGGAGGCUGGAGGAGGAGAGGAGGCGAGCGGCGCUCCUGCAGGCGAAGCCCAGGCAUAAGUCUGGGAAGCGGCAGGUGUGCGAGAACAUGACGGUUGCGUACUACUUUUGUGGAGAGCCGAUCCCGUACCGCACAUCAGUCAAAGGUCGCGUUGUGACUUUGGGCCAGUUUAAGGAGCUGCUUACCAAAAAGGGCCACUACAGGUUUUACUUCAAGAAAGUGAGCGACGAGUUCGACUGUGGUGUGGUGUUCGAGGAGGUGCGGGACGACGACGCCAUCUUGCCUAUCUUCGAGGAGAAGAUUGUAGGGAAAGUCGAGAAGGUCGACUGAGACUUGUGAAUAGAAGGGGGGGGAAAACAAAACGGAACUUGACGAGAGGCGAUGACGAGGAACGGUGCCGGGCGGGUUAAAAACCCGCCGGUGACAAACGAAUCGUCGGGAAGUAGAAAGAUGGACUCGGCAAGGUAUGAGAAGGCGCUGCAUAGUAUUAAGGAGGCGGAAGUGUGUUUUUUCCCAACGGAUAAACGGAUAUUGGCGUUGCGGCCUGGAUCAAAGCCUCACAACGUACAGGGGCUCGGCCAUGUGACGCAGAUGUGGAGCAAGAGAACAAAACAUUUCACCGGUCCCGUCUCUCCGGCGGGGCUUCAUAAGGGGCUGUAAAAACGAUGUCUGACCAGUCUUCCACUUCCGCUGCGAUGGAUGGCAAAAAGGGUGAGGGGACCUCUGGAAGGAAAGAGGAUAACGUAGUCUUCCACUUCUGCCCUGGGGGAGCCCGUCCUCCGCAGAACCAUAACAAUGCUGCUACAUUACCACGGAAACUCUUCAACCGGUGCUCGGGACAGUCGAGGAGAGCGGUUUCGUUCCUGUCUGGAGCCCAGCUGCCUUUUAGCUGUUUCUGUUCCUCAUCAGCUGAUGACGGGGGGGGGUUAGAGAGGACGGAAGAAAUGAGGCAGCGGAGCGUCAUCCCGCUCCUCCCCCCCGUUGACUUCAUGGCCUCAAAACAGAGAAACUCGCCCACCCUCGAUUUGCAGACGUCACACAGUGAUUUCUCGCGUCAACAUAUCCUAACAAACAGUUCUCUGCAUUAAUUGUUUACCAAAGCUACAUAUUUUUGAUAAGACAAGUAUCCUCGCUACUUGUUUUCAUUUUAUUUGAAUUGUAUAUGUACAAGGCAGGUACUAUUAUUACAGCAGCUUAAUUUUGUCAUAUCUCAAUAUUGUAUUAUUGUGUUAUGUUUUGAAGGUAGCCGAUUCGUCAUGUCAGGGCAGCCAGUUUGUCUCUCCUCAUUAGAUCACAACGCAGAACGCCACUUCUGACCUUCAACUGUGGAGUUUUGUUUUAGCAGCUAACUUUUUUGUUUUGUUUUGUUUCUUCUUCUCCACAAACAGAACUCUACAUCUCUUGUUAUGUUUAGUUUUCGAACACAGGUGUGUCUUGUCCUCUCUCGUAUUUUUUCUGCUUUGUCCGAAGCCCGCGUGUCGAACGCCCGGCCAGUGCCAUCCCUCUAGAGGCCUGUUAAGCGUGUCCCUGAGUGUGAAAGCGCGCGUCCCUCUCGUAUGCCUGAACUCAGCCAAAGAGCGUCAUAUGUGGGUACUACAUGCCUUCACCGGUUUACGCAGAGCCCACCAGUAUGAGAUGUUUCGUCAUCACCAGUCCCCCCAAAUUCAAACACAUCCAGCUCUCUCAUCUAAGAAGUUUAUAUGAAGCCAAAGCCAGCAGCUCUCAGUUUAUAGGAAAGAAAUGAAACAAGGAAAUUGAUAUUUUUUACCAUCCAAAUAAACUUGGUUAAGGCUGUUCGGAUGUAUUUAUAGCGGGGUAUUUUUGUUUUGUUUUGCUUUUUGUUAGCGUUAUUAUAUAUUAAUUGUUUUUAACAAGUGAGUCUGUAUGGCGUUCCGCCAGUUUUCACUCACCUCUGUUGUGUAAAACCAGCUUUUGUCUGACCAACUAUUGAAAGGUUAUCUUUACAGUAACUGUAGACGCAUAGCCUCGAACAGAGAGCGUGAUCAGUUUUCCCGUCGGAGCGUAUACUGUAAAGCACUAAGCCCAGCUCCACAGACGUGUUAAGAAGAAGAUGAAAUGUGCCGUCAGGCUGCUGAUUUUAUUGAGUUUGGUCGGCACCAGACGGCAUUUUGGCUGUCGCUAACACUGCAGGUUGAGGCUUCAUAUUUAUUGUGGAGACACGAGAGUUUUAGGUAAUUUAAUCUAACUAUUGUCAGUAUCAAGGAAAGAAACAAACAAAAAAAAAAGCACAUUUUUAAAAAAUGUAUCACUUGUUAAACUGCUCGUAUCUGUGUUAUACUGCAGUAAAAAGCCUCGGUGCCAGAAAAUCAUUAAGCACAGUGCCAGCAGCGCACUGACACACCAGCUAUGUAAGCUGAAUGUCUUUUUUUAUUUUUUUCCACUUUGCCCACGUCCUUAAAAGGAAUUUGUUAAUUGGGUAAGAGGCAUCUCGUCUUCGGUAUUGAUCUCGAGCCGUCGGCCUGAUUGUUGCCUGUUCUCUAUCCGGUUAAUUGAAUGUGCUCGUCAAACAAAGAAGUCUUGCAGGAAUGUCGAAAACAGUUUGUCCUGGGUUUGGCCCAGCAAGGGAAGAGAAGCAUCAGAAAACAUGUUUGUCCUUCCAAACCAUCAAUGCCUUCAAUAUGGAAAUAUAAAAUUUAGAUAUGUAUUUGUUUAUUAAAAGAAAUCAUUUUAGUAAUCAUCGAGCAUGUUCUUUAUAAGGAAUGUUUUCUAGAUGAGUUGAAUUAUCUAUUUUGUUUGUUUUAAUGUUUCUGUUUAUGGGUUCUCUGAUUAUCCCGUCUAUUUUGUUAAGAAACCUAUUGACAUUUGAAUGGUAACACUUCUCAAAAGUUUCCUGACGUGAUGAACGGAACGACUUCAUCUGCUGCCCGGUUUUUAUUUUUAUUUUUUUGCUUUUUGUGUUUUUGUUUUUUUUUUGCGUGAAACACAGUGCCUUUUAUUAUGUUAUCUUUCAAAUGAUUUUUAUCUGAGCAGCCUUUGCUUUUGUUGUAACUUGUUUUCUGUCGGUCCACGUGUGUUUAGCGGCAGUCAUGCCUUUUUCUCAGCUCUGUUUGGAUCAACCCUGUGGUGUAAAUAUGUACAUUAUCAUUUCAUACGCGUCUUUGGAUCUGCUCCACAUGUUCAUGGUGUUUCUGUUUUUCAGUGCCAGAUGUCACCGUGCUGGUUCCACUUGUACAUUUCUUUUAAAAAGGUACUUCAUAAUAAAGAUGU